AUGCCAGAACAGCCACUUUCCAGUAGACUCAGUCUGGCCCAGGCCGUAGUUUCAGCCAACAGUCGCACCAAAGCUGCGAGUCUGGGACUUGAAGAAGGCAACUCUGCUGAGCAAGAAGGCUGGGGAGAGGGUCACCCCAUUGUCAAAGUUCUUGGUAGAGACAUACGGGUGUUAAAACGAUGGGACUAUGAUCCAAACGAAGGGAAGCCACCAAUUGAGACCAAGACAGAAGAUCAAAGUGAGAAUACGCAGGACAAACAAAACCAAAUGCCUCCACUAUGGGGUGUGGAUUUGGAAGCGCUCAGAGGCAAAGAUUCCAAUCACAACACUGGUGGGCAUCAAACCACCGAUAACACACUGUCCAUAUUCAGGCCCGAAUCUGCACGCUCGUAUCUUUAUCGAGCAUUUUUAAAGCCAGCCGAAGAAGGGAAAACAGCCCCAAAGAAGAAGUCGGUUGCAACUAUUGAAGACGAGAAAGAAGAAUGCCUUGGCCGUAUUUUGUCUGCCAUUGAUAUGGUCUGCCAAUCAUGGGUUCCGAAGUUGGAUCAAGCGGAGCUGGACAGACGUACAAUAGAGCCUUGUCGCAAUCGAUUUUGA